AUGACAACACUUCCAACUCGCCCACUGGGCAAGAAUGGCCCCCAGGUCGCUCGUCUUGGCUUCGGCACUAUGGGCCUGAGUGCCUUCUACGGGCCUCCCAAACCAGACUCUGAGCGUCUCGCUAUCCUGGAUAAGGCGUAUGAUCUUGGAGAGAUCUUUUGGGACUCAGCCAUGCUUUACGGCGACAGCGAGGAACUUAUCGGCCGGUGGCUCGCUGCAAAUCCCUCCAAAGCCAAGAACAUCUUCCUCGCAACCAAGUUCUUUUUCCGCAUGGUCGAUGGCGAGCGCGUCACAGAUACCAGCUACGAGAACUGCAAGCGCUGUUGCAACGAGAGUCUGCGGCGCUUAGGGAUCCCCACGAUCGACCUGUUCUACGCGCACCGUCUUGAUCCCAAUACCCCGAUUGAGGAGACUAUGAAGGCUAUGGUUGAGUUGAAGAACGAGGGGAAGAUUAGACAUAUCGGGCUAAGUGAAUGCAGCAGCGAGUCCCUGCGACGGGCAUGCAAGGUGCACCAUGUUGCAGCCGUGCAGGUCGAGUACUCGCCCUUCUCGCUGGAGAUUGAGUCAGAGCAGAUUGCCAUCCUGAAGACGGCGAGGAAGCUGGGUGUGGCAGUUGUUGCGUACUCGCCGUUAAGCCGGGGGAUUCUAUCCGGACAGGUCCGCUCGCGGGCGGAUUUCGGGCCGGAUGAUAUUCGGUCUUUCCUGCCGCGGUUUAGUGAGGAGAAUUUUGGGAGGAAUCUUGAGGCUGUUGACAAGUUGAAGGAGUUGGCAGAGGGGAAGGGGUGCACGGUUACCCAGCUGACGCUGGCGUGGUUGUUGGCGCAGGGGGAUGAUAUCUUUCCGAUCCCGGGGACAACGAGGAUUAAUGCGUUGGUGGAGAAUGUUGAGUCGGUGAAGGUGGAACUCACAGUGGAAGAGGAGAAGACGUUCAGGAGUAUUGUUCAGGCUGCUGAAGUGUCUGGUGGAAGAUAUCCAGAUACGUUCGCUUCAACACUGUAUGUGGAUACGGUGCUGCCCCAGUAA